AUGUCAGAGGAUACACAGUUUCUAAACGACAAGGAGGUCGAUGAGUUUGUCUCUGGACUUGACAAGGACAACGACGGUUGCAUUUCCUACAGUGAACUUGAACAUGGCCUCGACAAAGCCCAUAAGGAGUUGGUGCCUGAAGCCAAAUCACACAAUUUCCAUCAUCCAGAUCGAAAGGAUGAGCGGCAUGAAUUCCUACGACGCAUGUUGAAUUCCGAGAAGGACAAAAUCCCAGCAGAAGAAUUCAAAAACACAGUCCGAUCAUGGCAGAUUGCGUCUAUGGAACCGGACAAGAAAGCCGCCAAAGACGAGCAUGACUUUAUGAAGAAUCUACCACUUGGCAGAAAACUCCGAGCAUACUGGGAAGUCCACGGUCCGACCUACCUUUUCCUUGCCUUUGUCGUGUCGGCGCAGAUCAGCAUAGGAGUGUGGCAGUGCGUCAAAUAUGCGACUGGGCCUGAGUACCAGGCGGCCUUCGGCUGGGGCGUCGGCUUCGCAAAGGCUUGUGCUGGUGCUCUUUAUGCUACCAUGUUCUUCCUGGUACUCAGCAUGAGCAGAUGGACCGCCACUUAUAUGCGUAGAGUGCCGUACAUCACUCGGUUCAUCAACUGGGACCUGAGCCAGGAGUUCCAUGUCAUGAUGUCUAUUGUUGCCCUUGUCCUUUCUACUGGGCACAUGAUUGGGCACCUUUCUGGAACAUUCAACUUCGGUAGCAGGUCGGGACGACAAGACGCUGUUGCUGCGCUGCUUGGGCCUGAUGCAGUUCCUCGGCCCUACAGCGCCUACGUCUCGAGCCGACCCGGUUGGACAGGCCUUACCGCAAUCAGCUGCUUCUAUCUUUUGGCUCUGAUGAGCAUGCCGCAAGUCCGGAAAUGGUCGUACCAGGUCUUCCAGUUGGGCCAUUUGUUGAUGUUCCCGAUGAUAGCCAUGCUCAUGAUGCACGGCACUCUCGGGCUGCUGCAGUAUCCGAUUCUGGGCUUUGUACUAGCCUUCCCUACACUGAUGGUGGUUCUGGAGCGUCUUACCAGGUUCCUUCUCGGUUUCAACAGAGUUUCUGCAUCGCUGGAAAUACUGGAUGCCGAUACUGUUUGCAUCACCGCUACAAUUCCCCGGUUUAGGCUCUGGAAAUACAAGGCUGGUCAAUACGUCUUCCUCCAAGUUCCCCAGAUCAGCUUCUUCCAAUGGCAUCCAUUUACCGUGUCCGAGUGCAUCGGAAAGGUCUUCAAGCUCCAUAUCAAGACCGAUGGCGACUGGACAUCUAAGCUUCGGGAGCUGAAGGACGCGAAAGAUUUGAAAAUCGGGGUGGACGGGCCCUAUGGUGCUCCUGCCCAAAGAUUCUACGACUUCGACCAGGCCAUCAUUAUUGGGUCUGGUAUCGGCGUGACGCCAUUCUCGGGUAUCCUCAACGAUCUACAAUCCCGUGAGGAUCACGCAUGGACACGCCGCCGCGAUUCCACGUCUUCGCACGAAUCCAAAGAAGAAGCGCCGCGUCCACUGGAGCGUAGGCCCACCGUGGUAGGUGACGGAAAAGAAAUUGAUCUCAAUAUUUAUCGUCGAGUCGACUUUCAUUGGAUCAUAAGGGACCGGGCCUACCUUGAAUGGUUCAGUUCCCUUCUGAACAAAGUAUCGAUGGGCGAGCACAAUCCCAACCUAGAGAUACGACUCCACAAUCACCUCACGAAAAAGCGCAAAGACAUCCAAACGCACGUGUACCGUUGUCUGUUGGAGAAGCAUCGCACACCUGAGCGUCCUUUCUCGCCGCUUACUGGCCUUGUUGCACCAACACACUUCGGACGCCCAGACUUUCCCAAAAUCUUUAAUGACCACUACGAGGAUAUGUUGAAGCUAUUCUCGAAAGACAAACAACGAAAGAGGAGAGUUGGUGUGUUCUUCUGCGGAGCCCCCAUCAUUGGUAAGUCAUUGCUUUCCCAAUCCACUACAGUAAGGGCGACAACAGCCGUGAACAGGGUUUGGAAGCCUGCAGUUGUCCGCUAUAUGGGUGCCUUUGAAAGCUCAGUCUUUGAGGAUUUCCUUUCGGUCGAGGACCUCCCUUCUACUUACCCUUCACCUCCUGCGUCCCAUUACCUGAAUGAAGCCAUUGAAACUGACAUUCACCUCUCUAGGCCACCAGCUCGCUGA